CAGCUGCCCUGUUUUUCCUCAUUGCGCCCUAUUCGCGAAGUGUCCCUGCCCGCUUCCGUCCCACCUGGCCGUGUUUGGAGAUGGCGGACAGCUCGCUGGUGCUGGGUGUUGAUGUGGGCACUAGCUCGGUGAAGGCCGUGUUACUGGCAGCCAGCUCCGGGCAUGUGGUGAGCAGCCAGAGCCGGGACACCCGGGCCGGCGCGGAGAGCGAGAGCGGCCUGCGGGGGAAAGAACAAGAUGUCUCCAAGAUAAUAGGAGCUCUGAAUGGGUGUCUCACAGCGUUGCCCAGAGAAAGACUUGCAAAGGUCUCACGUAUUGGGAUCUCUGGACAAAUGCACGGAGCUGUGUUCUGGAAAAGAAAUGCAGGGUGCCACUGGAUAAACAGUGGAAACGUGAGAACCUUCGAGGCUAAAGACGUCAGUCGUCUUAUUACCUGGGAAGAUGGACGUUGUAGCACAGAAUUCUUGUCUUCUUUACCAAAACCACAGUCGCAUCUCAGCGUGGCCACAGGAUUUGGGUGUGCAACUAUCUUCUGGUAUUUAAGAAACAGGUCAGAUUUUCUUCAAAACUAUGAUGCAGCUGGAACCAUCCAGGAUUAUGUCGUUUCCAUGCUAUGUGGACUUGAAGUGCCUAAAAUGUCUGUUCAGAAUGCUGCCAGCUGGGGAUAUUUUAACACCUGUUCCAAAACCUGGAAUACGGACAUAUUAGAAGCAUCUGGUUUUCCUGUGUCCUUGCUGCCCGAGAUUGCGGAUUCUGGAUGUUUAGCGGGAAAGUUGUCUUGUGAUUGGUGUGGCAUUCCACAAGGGACUGAAGUUGGAGUUGCACUGGGAGACUUUCAGUGUUCUGUUUACUCUUCUAUGACUGAGAAUACGGAUGCUGUCCUUAAUAUCAGCACGUCGGCACAGCUGACAUUUUCCAUGCCAGAGGGUUUCAAGCCACAAGACCAUCCAAGCCCUGGAGAAGCAGUGGUGUACUUUCCAUACUUCAAUGAACGUUACCUUGCCGUGGCAGCCUCUUUGAAUGGAGGGAACGUGUUUGCUUCAUUUGUUGCAAUGUUGUCUCAAUGGGUCUCUGAACUAGGACUUGACAUUUCCGACUCCAGCCUAUAUACCCAGGUGAUAAAAGCGGCCUUGUCUCAUAGUGAGAGUGGUCUUACAGUUUGCCCCAUACUGUUUGGUGAAAGACACAUUCCUGACGCACUGGCUUCUGUAUCAAACAUCACAGCCUCUGAGCUUUCCUUGGGCCAUGUGACUAGAGCACUUUGCAGAGGGAUCAUCGAGAACUUGCACACUAUGCUUUCUGCCCAUCGGCUUCGGGAGUCUGGGGUGACAAGACUGAUCGGAAGUGGCAGUGCUCUAGCAAGGAAUGAUGUGUUAAGGCAGGAAGUAGAAAGGAUAUUUCCAUUCCCCGUGGUAUAUGGAAAUGAUGUAGAUUCAGCUGUAGGUGUAGCUAUGGUGAUGAUAAAGUGCAGGUAGCUGGGGCAUUGUAUUUUUGUUUUUUUUAAAGAAAUUGGCAUUUGGGAUAUUAUUGCAAAAUGGACAGGGAGAUGGUGGGCAUGAGCGGGAAUAGUGUUAUCAAAGUAAGUUUGCAAGCACUUUAAGGGGGCAGAUUUGAAAUACAAAUGCAUCUUGUAAUCUGUUACAUGUUGCAUAAUUUUGUUCAAAGAGCUUUCAAUCACUUAGUCAUUAGUCACUUCUGUCUUAUAUAUGCUAUAUUAUUUAUAGUAUAUAUUGUUCUACAUGUUAUUAUUGUAGCUGUACGUCAGUGCAAGGCAGCAAAUCUUUACUACCUACACAAAUCCCUACUAAUUUGAA